UCUUCCAAGCGGAAGCAUCCCCAACGGGAGGUUUCUGAGGUGCCUGUGUUGUUGUUGUUGGCGCCAUGUUCCCCCGGCAGGGCUACUGGCCGCUCACGCCGCCUCCUUCGGCCUGCGGGGGGUUCCGGAGCCCUCCUCCUCCGCCGGGCGGGCCUUCCCCGCAAGGCCUCCGGAGCCCUCGCUACACCCCGCCGCCUUACGGGCCUUACGACUGCCGGACGGGCUCACCGCGUUUCCAGCCGGGCGGGGAGGGCGUUGGGCGGGUCGGAGUGGCGUCUCCACCAGGGCCUCACACGCCGCGAAGGUCCUACGACGGAGGACGGGGGCGCUCUCCUCAGCACCAGCAGCCGCCCUUUAAGCAACCGUUCUCAGGGGGCUACCAACGGAGAUACAGCCAGGGUUCACCCAGGACAUCUACUCCAUUUGGUAGACUGCAUGGCAGAGAGAAAAGAGUGUCUAAUGAUGAUGUGGAAAAUUAUUUCAAACCUUCAAUGCUCGAUGACCCAUGGGCAGGCCUAGAGCCUGUAUCUGUUACAGAUGUUGACCAGAAAUUCAGCCACGAGCAGACAACAUACACUGGUAAAAAGGGAAGAUACUUCAGUUGACAUUUCUAGCAGUGGAAUAACACAGCUUUGAAAAACCGGGACAUGUAUAAAAUAUUCAUAUUUAAGAUAACAUACAGUGAAGGACUUGGGUAUGCUUUUAUUUUGAUUACCCAUAUUUUUUAUCCACCCAUUUUACUACAACAUGUAAUUUUCUGCGGGAAGAAAGUUACAAUGAGACUCAAUUCUCCUAGUUAUAUGGAAGGGAGCUGCCAGCUAUGAAGAAUAAAGUACUCUUUGGUCACCAGCAAUUAAUUGUGACAGUUUCUGAUGUUUACUUCUUCCAUGCCACUUUCUAUGUUUAUAGUUGUAAACAGGAUCACAUGUUUGAAUUGUUUUAAAACAGACAGAUUUGCACUGAAGUAAAUGCUUUAUAGUGCCCAAAACUUAUUUUUCUACUUUUGUCAAGUCAUACUUCAUGGAAUACAAUUGAAAUUCCAUGUUACCUCUGGAGACAUGUAGGCUAUACAUGCUUUUGUAUACAGUCUUUCUUGUUGAAUUCUAGCAUUAAAUGACUUUAGCAGGUUUCAUGUCGGUAUUCUCUUCAGAAAGUGAUUUGUAACUGCCUAUUUUCAUGUUUAUCGGAUUCUUUAUAGAAGCAAAAGCUUGCUAGUUUUGCAGAAAAAGAUUUUAACUGUGAAGUUGAAUUUAUAUACAAAAAUAACUUGAUUAAAGGAAAACUAUUAAGAAUGAUGGGCAUCUGGUGACUAUAAUUUUAUGUCUGAUAAUUCACUGGUUUGGAUUUAUUAAAUGACACCUUUUGUCACAAUCAUUUAAGAAUAGGCAAUAGCAGAAGGAUUUCAAGCUUCCUCAAUCAGUUAAAAGUAUACAGUAAAAGUAUUAAAAUGAUUGCUCAGGUGAUUUAUAUUGAACUCUCAAAUUGGCUUUUAUCCUCUAUUUCAAAAAUGGAUGAAAAUUUUGCAAAAGGAUGGUAGUAAAUUAAAGUAAAAAUCAUUUGGAGUUUCAUUUUGUGGAAAAAAAACUGGAGAAUAAACUCAUCUUUAUACAUGA